AUGGAAUCCCAGAGUAACACUGCUAAGCGUUUCUAUGGCGACUACAGUUUCAACACAGGAGAAGUUAAACAUUUUUCUGCUAUUGAUUAUGGUAUAUUCGCAUCAGUUCUAGCAAUAUCUGCCGGCAUCGGAGCUUGGUUUGCUUGGAAAGAUCGCCGAGAAAAGGCCAUCGAUGAAUUUUUACUGGCAGGGAGAAGAAUGUCUCCAUAUCCUGUGGCUCUAUCACUAUUGGCUAGUUUUAUGUCCGCCAUCACGUUGUUAGGGACGCCGGCUGAGAUGUAUAACUUUACGACCAUGUAUUGGUGGAUUGGGGUAUCAUACUUCUUUGUGAUGGCAGCAGCCUCUCAUAUCUACAUUCCAGUUUUUUAUAAUCUAAGAGUCACCAGCGCUUAUGAGAUUAUGUACAUGUCCAUUGUACUGUACGCUCCGAGUCUGGCUCUUCACUCUGUGACAGGUUUUACACUCUGGGGCUCCGUUGGCUCUGUCGGUGCGGUGUGUACUUUGUAUACAGCAUUUGGUGGUAUGAAGGCCGUGUUGUGGACUGACAGCUUCCAAGUUUUUAUGAUGAUUGUCAGUCUCCUGGCUAUCCUGAUACAAGCAGCGAUCGUUGUCGGAGGAUGGGGCUACGCCUGGGAAUCUGCUGGUAGAACUAACAGAAUUUGGUUCACUGAAGAUAUUUUUUUUUUUUUAAAAAUCCCCCCAGAGUCUUUAUCAGCCAUUGAAUCCC